AGAAAUAAAAGGAGAGAGAGCACACGCAGCAUAUGCGUGCUUCACUCCGCUCUAUGCUUAGGAGGAGCUUCAGGAUUUUCACUUGUUUCCGUGCAACAUCUCAUUUGAAGACUCGUUUACCAAGGAGCCUUUUCUCUCAGACGGGGGAAAGGUAUCUGGACUUCCCAGCUGACUGACAGACCCUGCAAUGUUGUCUUCCCUACCAUUAGACUGAAUGACCAGACCAGACCAGGCAGUGUUGUCGUCCCUACCAGUAGACUGAAUGACCAGACCAGACCAGGCAGUGUUGUCGUCCCUACCAGUAGACUGAAUGACCAGACCAGACCAGGCAGUGUUGUCUUCCCUACCAGUAGACUGAAUGACCAGACCAGACCAGGCAGUGUUGUCUUCCCUACCAGUAGUCUGAAUGACCAGACCAGACCAGGCAGUGUUGUCGUCCCUACCAGUAGACUGAAUGACCAGACCAGACCAGGCAGUGUUGUCUUCCCUACCAGUAGACUGAAUGACCAGACCAGACCAGGCAGUGUUGUCUUCCCUACCAGUAGACUGAAUGACCAGACCAGGCAGUGUUGUCUUCCCUACCAGUAGACUGAAUGACCAGACCAGGCAGUGUUGUCUUCCCUACGAGUAGACUGAAUGACCAGACCAGACCAGGCAGUGUUGUCUUCCCUACCAGUAGACUGAAUGACCAGACCAGACCAGACCAGGCAGUGUUGUCUUCCCUACCAGUAGACUGAAUGACCAGACCAGACCAGGCAGUGCUCCCAGUGUAUCUGGACCAGGGACUAUUUGGCCUCAGUGACUGGCCUCUGCGGUGUUACCAUCAGUUUUGGACUAUAUAAACUGUAUUCGGACUGACUGACCAGCUCCAGUGAUCCUCCCUCCUUCCAUCCCAGCAGAAAACAUGACCCCUCAGACCCUUUAAACUCAGACCCCUCCAACAGCCAGUCCACAUGGACACCACCUCCACCCACUGGCAGCUAGGCAUCCUGGGUAACGACAGUCUCAGCCUCCACCUCGACCGGCCGGGGUUCCACUCUGACAUCACCAAGCAUGUAGGAGUCCAGGCUGCUUUGAUCACAGCGUAUAGUCUGAUCAUCCUACUGGGUCUAGUAGGCAACGCCCUUGUCAUCUACAUGAUCAUCCGCUUCCGGAACAUGAGGACAGUCACUAACUUCUUCAUAGCUAACCUGGCCCUGGCCGACCUGUUGGUGGAUACGUUGUGUUUACCGUUCACACUGGUUUAUACCUUGCUCGACGAGUGGAAGUUCGGCGCGGUGCUGUGUCACAUGGUCCCGUUCGCCCAGGCGCUGAGCGUGCACGUAUCGAUCCUGACGCUGACUGUCAUCGCUCUGGAGCGCUACAGGUGUAUCGUGUUCCACCUGGGCCAACGCCUCACCUGGCGAAGCAGCAUGCUCAUCAUGGCUCUCACCUGGACGCUGUCCGCCGUGCUGGCCGGCCCGCUCGCCAUCUUCAGAGAGUACCGUCAGGAGGAGAUCCCGUCCAUCAACCUGAGGAUCUCAGUCUGCUAUGAGAAGUGGCCUUACGGCAGCAGCAGAGACGGAGUCAUUUACAGCCUGUCUAUGUUACUGCUGCAGUACGUGCUGCCACUCUCCAUCAUCAGUUAUGCCUACAUCUGCAUCUGGGUGAAGCUGAAGAACCACGUGAGUCCAGCGAGCCGCAUCGACGCCAUUCAGCGCAGGAAGAAGACCACCAAGAUGCUGGUUAUGGUGGUUGUAGUCUUCGCCACAUGCUGGUUACCCUUCCACGUGUUUCAACUAGCCAGCGACCUAGACCUGGUGCUCAGCUUAAGACAAUACAAGCUCAUCUAUACUCUCUUCCACAUCGUAGCCAUGUGCUCCACCUUCGCCAACCCGCUCCUGUACGGCUGGAUGAAUAAAAACUACAGGAAUGGGUUCCUCAUGGUGUUCAGGUGUGAGGCUAAACCAGACAGUAUUCACCCUGAGGGAUCCUUCAGGACCCGGUCACUAAGGAGGAUGUCUCUGAACAGGAGGAACGGAGGACACCCUCCAACUGCCGUCUGAUUGGUUGAUUGAUCUGCCGUCUGAUUGGUUGAUUGAUCUGCUGUCUGAUUGAGGCUGCUGUAUGGAGUGAUAUUAGCACCAUUAGAAAGAGAAUCUGAGGCUGCUGUAAAAAAAAAAAGAAGCCUUGUGUGAGUCAGAACGGCCCGUAGGGCAGCAGUCCAUCUCCUGUUUCUGUAGAGUGAACCAGAACGGCCCGUAGGGCAGCAGUCCAUCUCCUGUUUCUGUAGAGUGAACCAGAACGGUCCGUAGUGCAGGAGUCCAUCUCCUGUUUCUGUAGAGUGAACCAGAACGGCCCGUAGGGCAGCAGUCCAUCUCCUGUUUCUGUAGAGUGAACCAGAACGGCCCGUAGGGCAGCAGUCCAUCUCCUGUUUCUGUAGAGUGAACCAGAACGGCCCGUAGGGCAGGAGUCCAUCUCCUGUUUCUGUAGAGUGAACCAGAACGGCCCGUAGGGCAGCAGUCCAUCUCCUGUUUCUGUAGAGUGAACCAGAACGGCCCGUAGGGCAGCAGUCCAUCUCCUGUUUCUGUAGAGUGAACCAGAACGGCCCGUAGGGCAGCAGUCCAUCUCCUGUUUCUGUAGAGUGAACCAGAACGGCCCGUAGGGCAGCAGUCCAUCUCCUGUUUCUGUAGAGUGAACCAGAACGGCCCGUAUGGCAGCAGUCCAUCUCCUGUUUCUGUAGAGUGAACCAGAACGGCCCGUAUGACAGGAGUCCAUCUCCUGUUUCUGUAGAGUGAACCAGAACGGCCCGUAUGGCAGGAGUCCAUCUCCUGUUUCUGUAGAGUGAACCAGAACGGCCCGUAUGGCAGCAGUCCAUCUCCUGUUUCUGUAGAGUGAACCAGAACGGCCCGUAUGGCAGCAGUCCAUCUCCUGUUUCUGUAGAGUGAACCAGAACGGCCCGUAAAUCACUUUGGAUUAAAGCGUCUGUUAAUAUAAUAUAUUGAUGUAUAAGUACACCCCCUGGACACUAUACUGGACAGGACACUAUACUGCUGUGUGGAGUGAUAUUAGUGCCAACAGAGAGGACAGGACACUAUACUGCUGUGUGGAGUGAUAUUAGUGCCAACAGAGAGGACAGGACACUAUACUGCUGUGUGGAGUGAUAUUAGUGCCAACAGAGAGGACAGGACACUAUACUGCUGUGUGGAGUGAUAUUAGUGCCAACAGAGAGGACAGGACACUAUACUGCUGUGUGGAGUGAUAUUAGUGCCAACAGAGAGGACAGGACACUAUACUGCUGUGUGGAGUGAUAUUAGUGCCAACAGAGAGGACAGGACACUAUACUGCUGUGUGGAGUGAUAUUAGUGCCAACAGAAAGGAAAUCCGUAAUUGCUGCACUUAAAGCAUCUCAACAAUGAUGAUGACUAGGACCAGGAGUUUUUCCUGACCUCACAACCGACCUGAGCAAGAAAAACUCUGGACCCUAUAAUUACCUGACCGUGUGGUAUUACUAGGAUAAACUCUGGACCCUAUAAUUACCUGACCGUGUGGUAUAACUAGGAUAAACUCUGGACCCUAUAAUUACCUGACCGUGUGGUAUAACUAGGAUAAACUCUGGGUCCUAGUUAUAUAGCCGUGGUCAGAUCAUGUGGUAUGGAUCAGGAAAAACUCCUGGUCCUCUUUGAGGAUUAAUAUGAGACUUUACAGGGACCUUAAUAAGGUUGUGGUGAAACUGUCUGAAUCGAAUGACCUGACAUUGAAUACCUACCUUAAAAUGACUGACUGACUGAAGUUCAAAGUUGAGAGAAGGCAUUGCACGUGUAAAUGAUUGAUGUGCCCCUACUUCAUCUAACUGUCUAUGGUACUUCUAAAUAAUUAAACUACUCUUGUCCAAUGAA